AUGCCAUUCAUUACUAUCCUGAUACUGAUUGCACUAUUCAUGUUUUCGUAUUACUUUCCGGAAAAGUCGAUACAGUCCCCAAAUUCACGCAACAAAGCAAAGAUUUCUAAUUGGAAACAACCACGUUUGGAAUUGCAGAAUUAUGUGGUGGAUAGUGGUCACACAGGAAUCAAACGCCAAAACCUACCAAACCUGGAAAAUAUAAGUUGGCCAGAAAGGGAAUUUCUAAUUGCACCAAUGGGUUCUCCAGAAAUUCGACAAUUGCCCCUGGAAGCAAAAUUCAGUCGCGGUCAAAUGCGCACGUUGUGGAAAAUUUUCAGCACUUUCAGUAAUGCUAUGGAGGAGCUUGGCUUCAGUGACAAGUGGAUGCUGUACGGUGGCACUCUACUCGGCUCAUUUCGACACCAUGACAUUACCCCCUGGGAUGAUGACCUUGACCUACUUGUUGACGUUGAGGCUAGACCAGGACUAAGGGAAAGGAUGCGCAAGCUGAAACCCGACAUCCUCAUUCAGGAGGGCGAGCAGAGGGACAAGGUAUACGCAAAGCUAAUCGACCCAAGCAAUUCAUCUGAGGACUUGUACGGCAGCCGCAAGUUGAGUGCCUACAACUGGGGCUGGCCAUACCUCGAUGUUAGUUACUACUCCUCUAACGUGACGCACAUAGAAGAACUCGUAUGGUCCUAUGGUCGAUAUUAUAGCUAUGUAAAAUCAGACAUUUUCCCACUUCUCUUCAGGCCAUUCUACAAGUACUGGGUUCCGACGCCAAGGAACGCAUUUGCUGUCCUGCUGCAGACCUACCCAGGAAAUGACCUUUGCUCGGCUUCCAGUCAUUCGCACAUCUUCUUUGAGAAAGGAACUAGCAGUCGGACAGUGUCAUGCAAAGAGCUAGCGAGCAGGUAUGCCUUUGUUGAGCACGACCCAAUCUCCGACGAUGUCCAGGGCAAGGACGGUGGUCAAGAUGAUUUGAUUUGGGUCCGCGAGCAGCUAGUUGAAGGAGGCAAGAUCAUCCACGAAAUUCAGUUGGUUGCACCGCGGCAGGAAUCCAAUUUGGACACCUACAGACUGCAGACGAAGUCUAACGCGUGA